CGAUGUAAUCAGUCUUGCUUAGCUAGCUUGAAGGUUCAGGUCGUUCAGGGCUAUUUGAAGAAACACUGUGGUUUGAAAAGGGCACGACAGCAGCGCCAUCUUCUUUAGGGAAAGAAAAAAUGGAGGACAAAGAGAAAUAUUCGCCGAAACGCUUUAAACGUUCAAGAUCUGAGAGUGAAGAAGAUGUUGAAGUCGAGGAUCGAGUGAGUGUUAUUCAACAGCGAAAACAAAACCAAGAAGAACUCGAAGUGAGAGAGGAUAAGCAAAGUAGUGACUACUACUGUCGGAAAGGACCUUCUCUUUCCGAAAAUUCAAUCAGUAAUAUCCUAAAAGUCGUAUCACUUCAAUCGUUUUCUAGUUCCCCGCGCUUGGCACCGAGUGAAGCUCUAAAUGGUCACCAAACAACAAGAAGUUUUGGUUGUCGUUUGAAUGGUUCUGACUCCCCGCCUCCAAGGAGCAACGGUGAAAGUUCACCGAGUAGCGAAGACUCAGUAGGUACCAGUUACCGUCCUGCUCCCGUCCUUCCCUCAAGAAAUUCGUCAAGGAAAUCUUCCUCUCGAGGUAAAAGGGGAGAAAAGGCGAAUAAUCCACCAAAAGAUGAAAAGUAUUGGGAGAAAAGAGUCCGGAACAAUGCUUCUGCUAAGCGCUCAAGAGAUGCAAGGAGAGUUCGAGAACUCGAAUGCCAAAUUAGAUCCGAAUAUAUGGAGGACGAAAAUCGAAAGCUAGAAGAUGAAAACAAACUGCUCAGAGAAGAGAACAUGACACUUUUGAAGAUGAUAGAGGAGCUAAAAUCACGCGAUUGAUAUAAAGUUGUCAAGCCACCUCGCUGUUGUUUUGGUUUGUAUAUGUACCUUAUAUCCGAGGACAACGAACUCUGAACUCUGAAUCAAUCAAAUUUAUAUAUAAUUAUGCUUUUACUGAACUGGAUCGAUAUCGCUUAUUUUUCAACAGUAAGUUUAGAAGAAUUGUUCGAGGAAUAUUUGAACUAACUAUGUGUUUACACUGUGACGUAAUCGUUCUACGAUCAUCAAAAUCGUGCACGAAAUCAUAGCAUUCAGUUAUUUGGAACCCUGAUUUUCUCCAAAUACGCGAUCAGUGGUAGAAUUUUUUACCAUAAUGUUUUUCUUUGUGGAAAACGACUUUUCAAGUCAGUAAUAUAUAGUAUUUUAUUACUAAACAGUCGUCAGCGACAUGUCCAGCCAAGUGUUACAUGAUUAACAUAUGGAAUAUGUCAUUCCCUCUUAAGAAUCAUGAAUGGUUAGCUAGAUCACAGAUUUUUAUUUGCUUAUCAUGCUCUCUAAGUUUUUAUUUUAUUCUAUAUUAUUUUUCGGACCGUCUUGGAUUUGAGGUAGCCAGUAUUUAUGAGUGCUUUGUUCUACUUUCGUGUUAUGCUGGUGUACCUUACUAAAAUAGUAUCGUGUCAACACGAUCAACCUCUGUAUUCCACACAUGCAUGGUGAUCAACUCGAUUGAGUGUGUAUAUUCUCUAGCUAAGGGUCACAUUUAAUAUGAAUCGUAGCCUUUUUAGAAACGAAAUAGUAUAAAAAUGCAUAUUGGUUACUCCCAAUGCAUUUUUUCCAUUUCAAUUCAGUUGAUUGCGUUUAUUUGGUGGACAGAAGAUAAUCAUUGUUGAUUGAUAAGCUUGUUAAAGCACGGAGCUUAUAUGCUACCACUAAAAAUCAUUAUUCCAAUGUUUUCUUAGAGAAGUCUUAAUAUAUUUAAUAGAGAGAAUUUUUGCUUUUGUCUUUGAAGCAUGAAUUUGUAUGCCUUCAUAAUAACCGUUCCAUUUUUAGAGUUUCAAUUCUUUAAAUCAAUAUAAUGGUCAUUGCAAUUGUAGGUAUUACGUAACACAUAUGUCAAAAAAAUAUGAAAAUUUACAAAUGUGAAUCUUGUAAAUGUACAAAUUUUAGGAUUAUGAGUCAUCGGCUUAUAAUCUAUGAGUGUGAAUAAUAUUAUUCUAUUCUAUUAUGACUGAUUUUACUUAUAUGGAGUGUACGGGUUUUUUUACAUUUAUGUACAGAAUAAACUACUUGAUGGAUUGUCA